AUAUGUAUAAAUAGGAGUCCUCGUACAACAUAUUAUUCAUCCAAUACAAAGAGAAAAUUUCUCAAUCUUAUUUUCAUUUUGUCAUGGUAUCAAAGCAGAUUUAAUUGCCCUCAGUUCUUCUUUAUUUUCUGUAGUUUUCUUGCUUUAUUAUUGUUGUUAUGUCCAGUUCUAGUCAAGUUAUAGAUACGAUAGCUGGAACCACCUCUCUUGGUAAAGCUACUCUGUCUGCUGGAUCUGUUACAACUAAUGUAGUAGAUUCGGCUCAUCCUUACUAUCUUCAUCCCUCGGAUUAUACAGGGAUGAAUCUUGUUUCUGCUGUUUUCGAUGGGAGAGGAUAUGGGGACUGGAGAAGAGCAGUUGUUAUAACUCUCUCAGCCAAAAAUAAGCUAGGAUUUAUUGAUGAAUCCUUAGUUACUCCCUCUCUUGAUUCUAGAUUGCUAAUGGCUUGGACUCAUUGUAAUGAUAUGGUCUUGUCAUGGCUUCUUAAUUCUCUCUCUAAAGAAAUAGGUGAAAGUGUCUUAUACUCCAACAGUGCAAAAGACCUGUGGAAAGACCUGGAAGACAGGUUUGGUCAGACAAAUGGAGCUAAAUUAUUUCAACUUCAAAAAGAAUUAAGUGUUGUAACUCAAGCUAACACAAGUGUCUCUACUUAUUUCACCAAAAUGAAAAGUUUGAAGGAUGAACUAGAUGCUUUGAAUGCCUUUUCUGCUUGUGUGUUUAAUUGUGACUAUGGAGCAAAAGCUAAAAAUGUUAAAGCUCAUCAAGAUAAAAGACUCCUACAAUUUCUAAUGGGUUUGAAUGACAUAUUUAUUGGUGUUCGAAGCAAUAUCCUACUCACGUCUCCCUUACCAUCUAUUGGACAAGCAUACUCUUUGGUAAUUCAGGAUGAGAAGCAAAGAGAAAUACAUGCUUCUCCUACCUAUUCAGGCGAAUCUGCCUCUUUUUUGGUUGCUAAUCAAGGACAAGGACCAGGAUAUUUUAGGAGAUACUCUGAUAAGAGGCAGAAAAGCUAUGAUAACAAGAGAAAUACACCUAUCUGUGCUUACUACAAGAAGUGGGUCACAGUAUUGACCAAUGCUAUAAGUUAAAAGGAUUUCCACCUGAUUUUAAGUUUACAAAAUCAAAAAGAGUGCAGGGUCGAGUUCAGGUGAAUAAUGCUUUCACAAAUGAUGAAUCUAAGACAGAGGGGGAGUCAGGGCUCCUACAACUACUUCUGCAGGUUAAGAUGGGACAAUAAGGAGCAAAUAUUUCUGAUGCCUUUCCAAAUGUGAACUGUGCUAUUAUAACCAAGUUCUUUAACUCUCCUGCCUUUUUUGUUCAUACUAACUCUCAGUCUUAGAUUCUAGAUAGUAGUGCUAGUGAACACAUGAUUUUCAAUCAAAAAUUUCUUUUCAAUUUCAAAGCUCUACCUAAGCCUGUGAUGGUUAAUUUGCCUAACUCUACUAAAGUUAAAGUUACUCAUUCUGGAUCUGUCACUAUUCUCCCCAAUCUAGUUUUACAUCUUGUUUUAUAUGUUCCUUCUUUUGAAUUUAAUCUCUUAUCUGUGCAUAAAUUGUGCAUUCAACUUAAUCAAGUUGUUUUGUUUACACCUACUUCUUGUUUUCUACAGGGCACAGGGCCCGCUGGAGAUUGGUAAAGGACACAGGGGACUCUACUUUCUCAAGUCAAAGCUUCCAACAAUCAAGCCUAGAAAUGUUCCUAAGUUUAGCAAUAGUUUUAUUUCCAGUACUAGUUCUUGUAAGGCUUUUAAAGCUCUUGUUUCGGCUUCUAAAGCUCCUAGUUCAAUUUCUUGUUUCUGUCUUUUUAAUUCCAAUGUAAAAGAAGAGUUGCGGCACUACAGAUUAGGCCACAUGCCUUUAAGCAAUAUGAAGAAUAUUUCUACUA